AUGCUGCUCCAUUGGAGUCUCCCACGGCUGGCUGUAGCCUUCUGCCAUUUCUCUCUGGUCUUGUCACAAACGUACACCAAAUGCGAUCCUCUGAAAAAGUCUUGUCCCCCGAACCCCGCUCUGGGGAAAUCUGUCACGUUCGACUUAACCAAAGGCCCGCCAGCGGACUGGUCCGCGUCGAAGGAUAUCAAAUAUGAUGGUAACGGGGGAAGCUUCACGAUAAACAAAGAUGGAGUAAAGGCUGAGAUCCAGUCCAAUUUCUACAUCAUGUUUGGCAAAAUAGAAGCCACUCUCAAGGUUUCACCAGGCAAAGGCAUUGUGAGCAGUGUUGUCGUGCAGUCCGAAUGUGGUGACGAGAUCGAUCUUGAGUGGAUUGGCGGAGACAACAUGCAACUCCAGACGAACUAUUACGCAAAGAGAAACCCAGAUCACACAAGAGCCGGAUACCACCCUAACCCAAAUAACCAGAAUGAGUUUAGGACGUACACCGUGGACUGGGAUAGUGAUCGGAUUAUUUGGCAGAUUGAUGGGGAGACCAUUCGCGUCGCUACUUCGGCGGCUGGCAACUACCCACAAACCCCAUCUUACAUCAAAGUUGGGAACUGGGCAGGGGGGGAUCCCUCGCAGAAUCAGCCGGGCACAGUUCAAUGGGCUGGAGGUCCGGUUGACUAUUCUCUUGCACCUUUUACCAUGCAAAUCAAAUCCAUAAAGGUCACCGACUAUUCUACGGGGAAGCAGUAUGAAUACAAAGACAAAACUGGGAACUGGCAGUCGAUCGAAGCCGUGGAUGGAAAGGUGAACAGCCAUAAUCCAGGUGAUGACACGGAAACUCCAUCUACUACUGCCUCGACAACUGCGACACCCACACAAACGAAUUGUGGGUCGAAGGAGUCUUCCAGCGCUACAUGCACCAAUGAGCCAUCAGCGAGCCGCAAGCCUACACCAACCGGUACCGAUUCGAGCACUGGCGGCAACCAAGCGAAAGGCACGGAAAGUGCGCCAACCCCCAGCGACAUCAACGUGCCCAGUGGUGCGAGUACCCAGGGCAGGAUGCAGCUCGUUGCUGGGGUCGCUUGUAUUUUAUUCAGUGCUCUCAUGGCCACUUUCUAA